AUGCAGUUUCACGUGCUUCCGGUUGAUCGAUCGAACCGGUGCGGACACAGAAAUUUCGGAAUAAUUAAGGGGGGCAAAGUGAUUUUCUUUCUAGUAUUACUAAAUAAAUAGAAACUAUUUAACAAUCGCCUGUAAAUAUGAACGCCCUUGCAUCUGAGUCUUUGUCUGACAGGGAAAAGAGUGAACUUAUGGAACAAAUUAAACAGCAAGUUGCUGUAGCAAACGCGAACGAAUUGAUCACGAAAAUGUCCGAGAAAUGUUUCAGAAAAUGCGUAGUCAGGCCUGGCACUUCUUUGGAUAGUUCAGAACAGAAAUGUGUAGCAAUGUGUAUGGACCGAUAUAUGGAUGCGUACAAUCUUGUUUUAAAUACGUAUAGUGCUCGAAUACAAAGAGAGCAGGACAGAAUGUAACAGUACAAAUUGUUAAAUAAAUUGUUUCUGGUUGUACAUUA